AUGCAAAUGAAUGAGACUGCGAUCAACAUGAAGCCUGAUCCCAAUCAAGUCGCAUGCGACGAAUUUUACAACAGCCUCAACCUCGAUAACCUCCCUCCCAACCAUAAUCUACAAGCUGCUGGAAAUAAGAACAAUGUUACAUCGGGCCCAGAGACGAUAAAAACAGAGGUCCCACAGAAAGCUCCAAAGAAGAGGAAGAGAGUGGUAAUCUCAUGUACUGAGUGUCAUAGGCGCAAGCAAAAGUGUGAUCGUCAAUUUCCAUGUUCGAAUUGUGUUAAUCGCAAUAAGCAAGAUGUUUGUCAAUAUGAGAAUGAAUCUGCGAGGAAACAACAAUUACUAGAUGACUUAAGGUCGUCCGAUAAUGCGGAAUAUGGAAAGAAUGCACAAGUCGAAUCGGAUUCCGUAGCAAAAGUUAGUGCUUUAGGAUAUGCAAAGUCAAAUGGGACCCAUUCAAAUACAACACUGGGGAUCUUCAAGAAGAUAGAGGCAGAGGUCAACGAUGGGGCCGCUGUGACAUCGCAUUCCAUAACAACGUCAGAGAAUGCUGGACUUCGGGAGAAAUACAAGAGCUUGAUACGACAAUUACCUUCCCGACCAUACAUUGAUAUGCUUUUAAAGACAUUCUUCCGCGAAGUCAACUUUCAAUAUUAUGCUUUAGAUGAAGGAACCUUUCGCGAUCAUCUCAGAAAUUGGAACAAUCUCUCUUUUGCAACGUUGAAUAAAGGACCACAGGAAUUACCUGCAGACUUACAAUUCUUCCCCGCUCUCCUGUUUCAAUGUAUCGCUAUGGCCUUACUAUUUCAGCCCCCAGAUCAUGACCCAAGUUUAGAGUCACUCAAAUAUGCAGCUGGAAUGUCAUUUGAUGAUCUUGCGGCUGAUUACAGUGAUUCGGGAGUCAGUAUCUUGACCUUAUUAGGCAAACGAAAUACUACUCUUGUGACUGUUCAGGCAGGGUUUGUAAGGGCGUCGUACUUGAAAUAUAGUGGAAUGGUGCCUGAGAGUUGGCAUUCUCUAUCUCAAACAAUCAAAGACGCCCAAGAGAUUGAAUUACACAAAGAUAACUAUCAACCUCAACGUCACAAGCCCGAAGAUGGAUAUGAACAUAUUUGGCAUCAACAACUUCGAAGGAGAACCUGGCUUGUACUCGCUCUGUGGGAUGUACACAUGGCAUUGGUCCUUGGCCGACCUACCACCAUUGAUAUGCGUGAUCCAAGACCACCUUUUCCUAUCGACGCUCCUAUACCCGCGACUCUUGAAGAUCGACGCAAGACCCCUCCUAUAGAACGAAAACCUACAGAUAUGCCUACACCUUUGACAAUGCUGUUAUGGUAUGUUGAAGUUAUGGCUCCACUUUGGGACAUAUAUUACCUUGAGAAAGAUGGACCACAACCCAGUGAUGCACUCAAGGUUCAAAAGAUGCACAUUAAUAUCAAACAAAUUCAUGAGUUAUGUCCACCCUACUUCAGAGCCGAAAACCCCGACACAACUUGGGAUAAUCAUCCUGAUUGUUAUUGGCUUCCACCUUGCAGAUUAAUCUUCCAGAACGGUGGUGCAUUCACAACAAUGGCUCUUCAUAGACCAUAUAUUUGUCUUUCGGUUUCAAGUCGUCGUUCUGCUCUUGAAGCUGGUUUGGAUAUUUUACGAGUGCAACGUGAAUAUUUCAGUUUACUACAGACAAAACAUUACAAAAUGUUCAACCUUGUCCUUAAUACAUUUGACGCUAUUAUCCUCUCGGCCGCCAUCUAUAUCCUACAUCCAUUCGAGAAUAGGGAUCUUCUUGACAAUACUCUACAACAUUUUGAUUGGGCAAUGGAAAGAUUCCAGACUAUGAUUGGUCGCAAUGCUAUUGCAAAUACUGCAGCUGGCGUACUGAAAGCAAUCAAUAUUCGUUUGAAGAAAGCAUUAGGAACAAAUAAACCUCAACCAUCAACUCCAUCAGAUGUUGGAUCCAAUCCAUCAUCAACAGUCGCUAGCUCACAAGCUGUAAGAUCUGGUACUUCUACAUCCGCACAAUCUUACAAUUCUCCUGCAUCGUCCACCGAUCCUUCAACCAUAUCUUCGGCAAAUUCUGUCAAUGGAAGUCAUUACAAUCUUCCCACAAUACAAAACUUAACCUCGCCAAAUCCCAAUAUAUCAGCUGCUUGGGAAUUUCAAGGAGCUAAUAACAUUAUGCCACACAAUUUCGAUCUGUCUUCAAUUGCUCCUUUGCAACCGAUGCAUGAUCUUAUAUUCAAUGAUUUGAGUACGAACCUGGGAGGAACAAAUUAUGAUUUGCCAUAUCAAAAUUUCCAAGACGCAAGUUUGUAUGCGCAACCUGAACCAUGGCAAUUUGAAGGAGAUUUGGGUCAGGAUAGUUUUUGGGCAGUUAUGAAUAAUUACAAUCCUUAA